UAUUUUAUUCUCAGAGUACAAUUCAGCCACUUCAGCAGAUAAACAGAGAGAAUUGUGAAAUUGUGAAACUGCUUACACGAAUAUAACCUAAGUACAAAAGUAUUAUUACCAAAUAGAAUAAUUUCGAAAGGAUAUGGCAAAUGAUCGAGAGGUACUCAGAGAGAUUUGGGAGGGAAAAAUUCCCGUUUAUUUUCAACUCGAUCCCGAGGAAGUAUGUGAAUUACAAGCCCCAGAUCCAUUUUAUUUAAUGGUUUCCAGAUUGAGUUAUUUCCCACUCUGUACAGAUAAGGUUAGAAAACAUUUUAUGAGACAUAUACAACAGGACAAACAGGAGAACGAAAUGUGGCUUGAAUUCAAUGGCAUCCCAUUGAAAUGGCAUUUUCCAAUUGGAGUUUUGCUUGAUAUUUACUCAAACGAUGUACAAUUACCUUGGAACAUUGUUGUGCACUUCGACAAAUUCCCCGAGAACGAUAUUAUGCACUGUCCGAAUAAAGAAGUCGUCGAAUCAUAUUUUCUGUCAUGCAUCAAGGAAGCUGAUGUAUUAAAACAUCGAGGCACGAUAGUCUCCAGCAUGCAGAAAAAAGAUCACAAUCAAUUGUGGCUCGGUCUCCUGAAUGAUAAAUUCGACCAAUUCUGGGCCGUGAACCGACGGUUAAUGGAAGUUAACAACUCAGACGAAGGUUUCAAAUACAUUCCUUUUCGAUGUUACAUAAGUGAAGAUCGAUAUGUUCAGAAAUUAGUGAAACCAGUCAACGAAGACGGCCAGAGAAAAACAUUGAAACACUUACUCAAUGAAGUAUUUCCUAACAAAACGGAUCUCGAAUUUCUAACACAUGGAAUUAAUCCUCCGUUGGAUACACCUCUUCAAUGGCUUUCUGAACAUAUGAGCUAUCCCGACAAUUUUCUCCAUCUUUGCAUGUCUUCUUCGUAACUGUCAAGCUUCAAAAAGAUACAUGAAUCAGUCUAACAAUACUUACACGUGAUGAAUAAGGCUUUCAUUUACUGGGAAGCAAAUCAAUAUUCAUUUUGAUGGAAUCUCAGGACCGAUUACAUUAAAUUUGAUUCAGAAAAUCGUCGACAAACCGCCAUAAAAUUAAUUACUUGUAUAUAACAAAGAUGCGUAACUCGACGAGAAAUCAUGGAAUUUGAAUGUGUAGAGUGAUAGUCGGUCCUGUUAAAAAUAUAACAGAAAUACUUAUACAUUUAUGUAAUCGUCGAUGAAUAGUUGUUAGUAGUCUAACGAAAAUUUGAUGGAAAAAUA